AUGAACGGAAUCACACCUUAAGAAAAGCAUGCAAAACUUAUCAAGGAAAUUAAAAACUUGGAAAAUCGAUUGGACAAAGCUAAUUAGAAAUAUAAUUCAACUAUUGCCUAUAACAAAAAUCUUAGAGAUGAAAUAGAUACUCUAAGAAGAGAGCGUCUGGUAUUUGAGUAAAUAUACAGUAAACUUACAAGCGAUCUUGAGACUAAAAAGAAGGAAAUGGAAAAGAUAGUUAAAAUAGCAAACACAGCAAACUAGGAUCGAGAGUAGGCUACAAAUGAACUUACUGAGUUGAUCAAACAAGCCGAGGAGGAAAAGUUACACUUUGAUUAAUAGAUAGCAAUGGUAAAUCAAAAGAUUGAAAAAGAAAAGCAAAUGAAGGAAUUCAUGAAGGCUAAAGAGAAUGAAUAAAAUGAACUUGAAAGACUUUACAAAGAGACUAAGCAUGAGGAAGAAAUCAAUAUGAAGAGAUAAUCCUAAAAAGCAUUUUGGGGUUUCUCAAAUGAUAAAGUGACAAGCAUGAUACCUGAGGAGAAAUUGAAUGAGUAUUAGGAGGCAUUUAAUAGGAUUGCAAAGGCAACAGGCGCAAAAGAUAUUGAUGAAUUAGUUAAGAAUUUUAUCGAAGCUGAGGAAAGAAAUUUUACCUUGAGUAGAUUUGUCAAUGAACUUACACAAGAAACAGAAUAAUUAGAUGUCCAGAUUGAGCAGAUUAAGAAAGAAAUUGAACAAUAUAAAAACUAAGGUUUAGGAGAGAAUAAUGAGCGUAAGAAACUUCAAAAGGAAUUAGAAGAGAAGAUUUAAGAGAAUGAAGAAGAGUACGAGAGAAAUCUGCUAGAAUAUAAAGCCACAAUAGAAAAGAUUAACUCUAUUAAAUCUAGUAUUGAGGAAAUAUUCUCACUUGUUGAUAAUGAAACCUCAAGAAAGUUCAAGGAGAUUUAAGAAUCAUAGGGCUUGACUCAAGACAAUAUAAUGAUGUACCUAGGAAUGGUUGAAGAAAUGAUAAAUGAAAUGAUCAAGCAAUAUGCUUACUUGCUCGCACAAAAGCUAAAAGUCACCAAAGAGUUGGAUGAUGAUGAUCCAGUCAUUGUAACCCUUCAUAACAUAUUGAUGGUUGCACCAAAAACUGAAAGUGGUAAAUAUGAACUAACAGUUAAGGAUGAGAUAGCUAAGGAAGAGGAGGAUAUAUCCGGAUACGAUGAAGAUGACAAGCCUCUUGGAUAUGAAGAUUUUAAAAAGAGAUUUCAGAUAAAGCACUCACUCUAUGGGAAGAAGGAUGGUAGUAGCUAAGCUGUGGGAAACAGUGGAGCAAAUAAAUGA